AUGCUGAAUGUCGCCAGAAGUCGCAUUGUUCGCGGGGUAAUCUGCGCCCUGACGGCACCUGGGCGGUAUAAAAGCGGCCUCGCCGCCCGCGCCUCGCACCCUGCCAGCGCCAUGACGCGCGCAGCCCUCGUCAUCGCCGCGGCGUGUCUGCUGGCGCCGCCGUCCCUGGCGGCUCCGUGGCUCAGGACUCGCGGCCACGGGCGCGUCAUCAACGGCACGGAGGCCGACAUCGCCGACUUCCCCUGGAUGGUGUCGCUGCAGAUCCUGGACGACCACGUGUGCGGCGCCUCCAUCAUCAGCAGCACGUGGGUGCUGACGGCGGCGCACUGCAUCUACGUGUGCCAGCUGUACGCCGACCGCCACAAGAGCAUGCGCGCCGGCUCCUCCAGCCGGGCCAGCGGCGGCGUCCGCCUCGACGUCGCCCAGAUGAUCAAGCACGCCGACUUCCAGAUGCCCACUGACGAGGACCCUGACGUCGACUACGACAUCGGCGUCAUCCAGGUGAGGGGGCAUACAAGGGUACGUUAG